AUGCGGACUGCAGGGCCGCGACCUCCCUGUGACAGUGAGAACAUCGGCAGGAAGGCCGUUUCAGACAAGGUCGGUGGCAAUGGAAAGGGAAAGGUGGGAACUUCCGACCUUGGGGAUCACCGGAGGUGGAGCAGAGGAGCGGCGAGGUGGUGGAGGGACGCGGCUAGUCAUGGCCGUGGCGUGUCCGUGGUCUGGUGGACGACGUCGCGGCCACGCUGGUCACGCAGCGGCGCAGCGAGAACAGGAUGGCGCAGGCAUUCGGCGUGGACCGGCUGCGAUGUCCACGGCCACGGCUUAGAGAGGCCGGGGCUCUGCGGGUCGUGGCUUGGCACCGGGUGGCCGUGGUCGAGAGGCAGAGUGCUGCUACUACUCGUCGUUGGCGCCCCAGGGGAUGACGCGAUCAAAGGAGAAGGACAGCUUGGUGACCAGCUCGGGUCGGAGACGGUGCUGGUCAUGGCACCGGGGUUCGCCGUGGCCGGCUGGUGGCGCGGCACGGCGAGAGCGUGGACACCACGAGGUGGAGCACGACGUGACGUAGUGCCUGGGUGCGUUCCUUGGCUCGGCAUCGAGGAAGAAGCCCGGCAGCAGGGGCUCGACGGUGCAGAGGCCGCCGCGGUGCGGUGGCUCGGCGCGGACGGAGCGGGGGCUCGCGGUGGUGGCUCGAUGGAGGGGAAGACGCGACCUUGGGGCUCGGGUCGAUGUGGAAGGGCGUUCGCUGGGCUCAGGUGCAGGUCGAGGUCGGAGGCGGCGGCGUGGUCGUGGAGACGAGACCGAGGGCGUCGGAGUGGUUCCGGGCGCGGCCAAGUCAGGAGGAGGGGGGCGCAGCUCGUUGGCGUCGGCGUUGCUCGGCCUGGUGGUGGCGAUCUGGGGGUUGGCGAGGAGGAGCUCCAAGGCGGAGAGGCGCACGACGAUGGUGGGGCUCUCGUGCUCGAUGAGGUGGGUCGCGGCGUCGCAGUGGUGGAGACCGGCACUACGUCGAGGCCGGAGGUGCUCCAGGCAGCACGGCUACGAGGUGGUGGCGCUGUGGCGCGGCGCCCGUGGCGAGCAGCAGGGCGUGCCGGGGUGCUUGGUGGAGAAGCUCGGCGCUGGCAGCUCACGGUCGCAGCAGAGGAGAGGUACAGGCACGGGGAGGUUGUUCGUGCACGGCCGGGGUGUCAACGAGGUGAAGAUGGAGUAGGCCACGGCCGAGGGGGCUCCGGCGAUGCAGAACGGCUCGGUGGCGUGGUCGCGGCCGGCAAGACGCGGCCUUGUGGCCGUGCUCGAGGAAGGAGGGCCGCAGGGGGGCUCGGCGUAGAGGUGGCCUGCGAGGCGGGUGCAGAGGCGCGGCUCCGGUGCUCAGCUUGGCGUCUUCAGCGACCCUCAGCAGGGCGACGCGGACGCAGCCGGGGUCGGAGUCAACGAGCAGACGAGCGAUGUCCAGGCGAGGUCGGCGUCGCGGCUCCGUCAGCGGCGCGCCCGCGGCCUGGUAGGACACGGCCGUGGCUGGCUGCGGCCAGCCGAGGGCGGUGGCGCGAUGGCAACGGCGAGGUGGAAGCGCGCUGUUCCAGUGCGGUCGUCUCGGAGUGGAGCAGAGGGAGCAAGGAGGAGGAAGGAAAUGGCAGCGGCUGGUGGGGACUCAAGCGAUGA